AUGCACUACAUCCAUUCUCAACGUCUCGCGAGUCCGUCCUCCCACUGUGUUCUGUUGCCGCACAACUCGGCGCGCGCUGCCCGAAGUUCAUAUACCGGACCUAUAUGUUCUUCUACGCGGGGUGCCAUUGACAAACAAAACAUCCUGCUCGACAAUUUUGGCAAGUCGCUCGAACGACUGGGCAUGGUCGGUGCGGAAAAGCGCGAGUGGGUCAUGAUGGCUGUAGUGAAUAUCGGAAGCAACCUGGAGCGUGGCUUCCCUAGUGGCGUCCUGAAGACCGGCGUCUUCGGUGCCAGUGCCGCCUCGACUUCUUCGGCAACCGCGAAGGUGAAGCUCGCAAAGAAGCAAGAUGAUGGCGAUAGCAAGAGGAUGGACGUUGAUGAAGAUGAAGAUGCUGACGGCAAUAAGAACAUGAAGCUCGAGAAGCCCACGCGCAAGAAGUCGGUCUUACCAAAGCCCACUCUGAACCCGUAUAUCACAAUCACCCUCACUUUCCUUGCUACCCUCUUGAGACAUGAAACUAUGCGACUUCGUCUGGAGCGGGCACUGCCACGGGAAGAUCUGGCGACGUUCUACUCCCGGCCUGUACUAACCAGCAUCAUGACUCAUGAAGAAAAUUUGCGCUGGGCGAUGCUGACUAGCAGCUGCCACCCCUUGCCGGAGGGCUGGAGCAUUCGUGGUAUGGCUGAAGGUUUUCGAGCGCCGAUUCUGGAAGGUUCCCGAGAGCGACGCGAAGCAUGUUGA